AUGGCUGCAUCAUCAUCUUCCAUGCAAUCAAUAUUUCUUGCUAGCUCCGUUGCUUAUGGAGCGGGAAAGAACAAAUCUGUUGGAGUGAGCCACCUCGUUGCACCAACUCUGCAUAGCUACCCUCACAUGAUGAGGGUAAGCUCGAUGGCCAAGGAUGGUCAGAAGAAGCAACCAUCCACAGUAACAAAUGCAUCAAAAUUUCCUCCACCUUCUCCUUCUUCUCCUCCUCCCAAGGUUAGCACAAAGUUGUCGGAGUUGUUUGCCUUCAGUGGGCCAGCCCCAGAGAGAAUCAACGGCAGGCUUGCGAUGGUAGGGUUUGUCUCAGCUCUGGCAGUGGAACUAUACAAUGGCCAAGAUGUGUUUGCUCAGCUAUCCAACGGUGGAGUCUCGUUGUUCGUUGCCACUAGUAUUUUGCUCUCUGUGGCAUCCUUGGUUCCUCUGUUUAAAGGGGUGAGCGUGGAGUCCAAAUCAGAUGGGAUCAUGACGUCAGAUGCUGAGAUGUUGAAUGGAAGGCUGGCCAUGUUAGGUCUGGUAGCUUUGGUCUUCACUGAGUAUGUGAAGGGAGGGACUCUAGUCUAG